UUCACGCAAAGAUCGCGAUCAUAGUGCUACAACUGUUCUAAAGUUCCAGAAGUGAUUGGAAAGUGAGCGCGUCCGCUUGCAAAAUGACCAUCAACGAGAAGACUCGACUUUUGCCCAAGGAUUACCAAAAGUCGUACGUGAUUCCGAUUCCCCAGGAGGACAUCAACAACAAUAACAACAACAAUAACGACAGUGAUUAUGACUAUGGCUCGUACGCCCUCACCAAAGCAGAACUUUCUUCCUACAUCGACGACCCGUUCUGGAUUCGAGUCCGUUACAUCUGCUUCUCUCUGUACUGGUUGCUCUGCCUGGUGGCACUGUUCAUCUCCUGCUACAUCGCCGUAUCCGCCCUGGAGAGUGGUCUCUGCACGGGAGGACCCUCCCUCAACGGUGACAGCAACAGCUCACUUGGCAGCACUACCGUCAUCACACCCGACCAGACAACUGAGGCAACACUAGUGUCCGCAACGGAUGAUGGUUCCGGAGUCAUCUUUCGGUUGCUUAGCCAACCGGCUUAGAAGCUUUGCCGGGCUCCGUUUUCAAAGACUGUGAUUGAACUUAACCUCACUUUAUACUAGGACACCAAACCCCAACUUCAGGGGACGAACCCCAACCCCAAUUAUUUAUUACAAAAUAACAAAUAGUAUCUCGCCAAGAAUUUUCCAAUUGAGCCACUGGAACGUAAACAAAUGCCAACGACGACUACGACAACAACGCAGCAUCAACUUAUCAGAUUACCUCUGAGUAAUACGGCAAUAAAAGCGUUCUGAGAUUGUAAUUCACACGCGCAAACGCAAACAUUGUGUCAUCCCAUCCCCCAUCAUCGAUAGGGCCCAAGUUGUAAAGAUUAGCAGCGUGCAAAAGAAUAAAUCUGAUGUAAUAGUGGGCAAAGUUUGCUAAGGCUUACGGAACAGUACAGCAGCAUCCCUUGACUAUGGUCACAGUGAACGUGGCACGUGGCCGACUUGUGAACACAUUUUUUAUGUACUAUCAAAAUAAACGAACUUAAUUUAGUAUGAAAA